AGAAACCACUAUGUGGCAGUUGGUACUCAUGAUCGCAGCGCUCGCGCUGGUUUGGGCCUACACCCGCUGGGCGCGCGUCAAGCGCUUCUGGGCCGAGCUUGGCGUGGCGCACCUCCGUGCGCAUCCCCUGUAUGGCAGCCUCGACUUCUUACAUCACGAAAACCCGGCAAUAUGGAUGCGAAGAAUCUACGACCACAAGUCUCCUUACACUGGCAUUUGGCUAUUCUGGAGACCAGCUCUGAUCAUCAAUUCACCAGAGAUAGCCCGCAGAGUCUUGGUCAAAGAUUCAGACUACUUCAGAGACAGAUUUCUGGGCACGGGGACGACGAAGGGAGAUCCUAUUGGAGGUCUCAGUCUAGUCCUUGCUAACGACCCACUGUGGUCGUCACUUAGACGCCAUGUGACGCCCGUGUUCACGUCAGCAAAGCUGAAGGGCAUGCACACCCUCAACCUGAUCAAGUCUAAGGAGCUGGUGCAGAGAAUCGACAGGGAGUUGGCGCAAAAGAAGGGCAUCGAUAUAAGAUCUGUCUACUCUGAUUUUACUACAGACAUAACCAGCAUCUUCGGCUUUGGAGUGGACAGCAACGCCACGCUCACUGGCGAGAGCUUGAUGAGGACCAUUACCCAAGACUUUAUGGAGUACGACUUAUAUAGAUCUUUCAGCUGGUACAGCAUUUUCUUCUUCCCUACGCUCGUGAAUAUCUUUAGAUUCAAAUUAUUCCCAAGGCACACUACUCGCUACUUCAAGAAAAUGUUCCGCAGUCUGGUGGCGCAACGCGGCGGGUACGCCGGGAGCGAGCACCACGACCUGUUCGGCGCGCUCCUGAAGAUGAAGCACCAGGCUGACUUGAAGGGAGAAGCAAUGGAUGAAAAUCUAGUCUUAGCACAAGCUUUGACAUUCGUUCAGGCUGGCUUCGAUACCUCGGCGGUGAUGCUCACUUACAUCACGUAUGAACUAGCCUUCCAGCCAGAGAUACAGGACAAACUGUACAAUGAGCUGUUGGAGGCGAGACAACGUAACGACGGCAGUGAUUUGGAUGGAAAUAUUCUCUCUGAACUAACCUACAUGAAUGGCAUCAUUAAUGAGGCGCUUCGCAAAUAUCCGGCGAUGGGCUGGCUGGACCGCGUCGCAAGCAAAGACUACCAAAUCGACGAAAACCUGACCGUUCCUGCGGGCAUGCCCGUCUACGUCAACGUCGUGGGAAUGCACUACGACUCAGAAUACUUCUCAGACCCCGAAAAUUUUGAUCCAGACAGAUUCCUACCCGAAAGAGAACAAGAUAUUAAACCAUUUACGUUCAUGCCAUUUGGGCAAGGACCUAGAAAUUGCAUUGGAACCCGUUAUGCGUACCGAGUGUUAUGGUAUGCGCUAUCUUCGAUAUUCCUAAAAUACAAAGUCAAGCCAAAACCCAACGCGAAGUCCCCAGACCUGAUCGAACCCGAGAGAAGAGCGCUGUUUUUCAUGCCUGGAGAAGAACUGACCGUUGAUUUUAUACUAAGAGAAUAACAUUCAUUUGAUGUAUGCUCAACGUUCAAGGAUUAUAAUAAUAUUAUUUGUAGGUAAAUUGUAUUUAUUUAUUUGGAAAACUAAUAAGACAAGACAAGCAUGUGGGUUAUACAAGGAUAAAACGUAUUAAAACUAAAUAUUGACUAGGUAAACUAUCGGUUGCGGAAUAAAGGAUUUCGCACACUGGAUGCGUUCUGAGGGCAACGGUUAGCUCAAAGUGAACUCUGAGGGCUGAGUGAGAGAGCUUAAGCUAUUUAUGAACAAUAUUGUCAGUCAGGGCAGUCAGUCAGCGGCCAGGGUAACACAAUCUGUAAGCAUUCGUGACAAG